AUGGCCACAGAACUUGUUGAUGAGCGUACUAGCAGAGUUUCCCACUCGGUCUUUCUGGGAGUAGUCUGGGCUCUCACUGGUACAUCUUUUCUCUUCGUUCUCUUUCGACUCUACGUCCAAAUUUCAUCGUUUCGUCGUCUGUUCAUUGAUGAUUUUCUCGUUAUUCUUGCUUGGAUUAUCAUUCUUUCUACAGCAAUUAUCUGGCAGAUUGAAAAUAAAGCCCUCUACGAGCUUUAUGCAAUCACCGCAGGAACAGAGCCAUUCAACCUAGACUUUUUGCCUCGGUAUAAUCAGUUUAUGCGACUUCUCGCUCCACUACAGAUAUUAUUUUAUUCCAGCCUGUGGUGUAUCAAAUUCUCAUUUUUAGUUUUCUUCUAUCGACUGAGUUCGAAGAUCAAAGCUUUUCGUAUUUGGUGGUUUGUCGUUUGCUUUUGCACUGCAGCGGUCUAUAUCGCGUCUGUCGGUGAUAUAGAAUACAAGUGCAGCUUUGAGGGUAUUGAAUACAUCAUACAGGAAUGUAUCAAGCUGGAGCAUAUCCAUUACGAAAAUCGCAGCUUUUGGGCGAAUUGUGCUGGCGAUGUCAUUACCGACUUGAUGAUUCUCUCUAUACCUAUAAUUAUCCUGUGGAAUACUCAUAUUCCGCGCCGCAAGAAGAUAAUGUUACUCAGCAUAUUUUCAGCAACAAUAAUUAUCAUGAUAGUGGCUAUCAUACGAGUCGCCGUUGAUAAUACCUAUGAUAAAGAGAUCAAUAUUGCCUGGCUAUGCCUCUGGAGUUUUGUUGAAGUUAAUACAGCCAUAAUUGCCUCUUGUGUGGCUUCACUCCGUCAACUUAUAGUUACAUCCCAAAAUCAAACCUCUUCGGGGAGAGCAGCCUAUCAUGAUACAACUGAUCCAAUGCUCAGGGGCUCAAAGCCUGGUUUUAGUCCAAAAUUUUCACACUCUGUAGCAUACGCAGAAUCCCCAAAUGAGGAUGAUGAGAUGGCACAAUUCCCAGCCAACAUGGUUCACGUUCAAAAUGAUAUUGAAAUAUGCACUAAAGUUGCAAGUCGAUCUGAAAUUGGCGGUAAAUCUGCGACGGAAGCAAAUAUUGGCUAG